GCGAUGUUUUGUGAUGUCACCGCCGACCGGUGUAGACUUAUUUUGUGUUGAUUUGAUUUGAUUUGGGUUGGCAUUUGGAUUUGGAGUUUAAAAGGGAGCUAUAAUCGGCGACGCCCACCAAGCUAAGCUUUUUUGUUAGCAAAGCACGAUGAGCGAUUCACUUUGUGAUGUAUGCAAUGAGAUACGCCAAGAGCUGUCAGAGGCAUGUACAGCACACAAUGCAUCUCUGAAUUAUCUGCUAAAAUUGAAAAGCAUUGUCCCAGAAGUGGGUUGGCUACCAGGCACCAAUAUAUGCGAUAUUUGUAUAAACGAAUUGGAAACAGCAUAUAAAUUUAAGCAGACUUGCUUAAAAUCUGCCAGUCUUCAAAAAAUCGCAACGCAAAAUGUGAAUAGCAGUGAACUCGAUGGUGAUCCAUUUAAUUAUAAUAGAUCUGUUAGUAACCCCUUUGAGUGUAGUGAUUGCAAUAUAGAUUUCGAUACUCAAGAACAGCUACUUUCACAUCAAAAUGAAAAUCAUACAGAUGACGAUAAUUGUUCAAGGCAUCUAGAAAAAUAUAAAAGAAAUCAAGAAUGUUUGAAAUGUGGACGAAAAUUUGCUUUAACCUCCUCUUUAGAUAAACAUGAAUUGUUUUGUGAUGGAAUAAUAAGACACAGCAAAGUAUAUGACAAGCAUCAGUGUGAAAAAUGUAAUAGAUUUUAUACAACACAGAAAAUAUUAUUAGCUCAUAAGAAAAAAUGCAAACAAGAAACUCUUAAAAAAACAAAAUAUCAGUGUGUAAAAUGUCAUGCAUAUUAUAUAAGUCUUAAGACACUUAGACACCAUGAAAGAAGAGGUUGUAAGGCAGACCUAAAUAAAAUGAUAAAAGAAGAAAUCUGUGACAUAUGUAGCAAGCAGUUUGCUUCAGCCUUUUUGCUCAAAAAGCAUAUUGCAGAAGAUCAUAUGAUGUGUAAAUGCGAGGAGUGUGGUGUAUCCUUUGGAAACUAUGAAGAAUUUAUUGCCCAUGUAAAAUCUGAGCAUGUAAAGAAUAACUCUAGAAGGUUCACAUGUGAGGUGUGUGCAGAACCCUUCACUUUACUAAAAUCUCUCUUACAACACUGUGUACAAGUCCAUUCUAUGAAUAUCAAAAAUGUUAAGCCUUACUACUGUGAUAUGUGUAACCAUCGCUUUACCUCUUCUUCAAACCUGUUGAAUCAUAAAUUGUAUCAUGAUGGCAAUAGGCCAAACAUGUGCCAUUUUUGUGGCAAAAGUUUUAUAACUAAAAAUGAUCUUACUAUCCAUGAAAAGACUCAUUAUGAUGAAAGGUGCUUUAAAUGUAAUGAUUGUGAUAAAACAUUUAAGACAAAUGCCAAUCUAAGGACCCAUUACUUAGUUGCUCAUACAGAUCCCAGUUUAUGGAAGUAUGUUUGUUAUGCAUGUGGUAAACGUUUUCCACAAAAAUCAAAUCAUGACCAACAUGUACGAAGGCAUACUGGCGAGAAAAAUUUUGCUUGUUCACUAUGUAUCAAAUCUUUUACAAGUAAAAGUGAGUUAUUAGAACAUGUAAGAUGCCAUUCAAAUGAAAGGGCUCACCAAUGUGCACUUUGUGGUAAAACUUAUAGAAAACGGUAUUCAUAUAAUAUCCACUUGAAAAAAGUUCAUGGUAUUGGGAAUGCAAAAAUUAGGGUAAAAGAAAAAAAAUAUGCUUGCCACAUAUGUGCAGGAAAAUUCCAUGAUAAACAAAAACUUGCUAGGCAUCUUUGUACACAUUCUGGCAUAAAACCUUUUGGAUGUGCUAUUUGUGACAAAAGAUUCUCAGAUAGGUCUUAUUUGAACCUACAUACGAGAUUGAAUCAUAAUUCACAAACUACAGCUGGGCCGGAAAGUCCUUCAUCAUCAUCAUUACAAACUAUGUCUAUUGUUUGAGAUUUAUUAUCAAAAUAUUAUAUUCAUGUUUAAAUUGUUGUAAUUUUGAUAAUGAAGUAAAUCACCAGACUGAAUCCACUUCGUAAACAUUUUAGAUUUCAGUCAAUUUAAUUUAUGUAUGUAUAAUAAAUUGAGCUAAUUUAAAAUCACAGUGUUUUCUUGAAAUUCCAUGAAUUGUUAAUAUAAUUGAAUGCGCCUUUUUCAAAGGUACUCUUGUGUCUGCUAAUGUAACAUAUAUUUAAAUAAAACGAUCUAAAUUCCAGGACUUUUUAUUCAUUGUUGUAUUGUCAGCAUUAAAAGUUUAUUUUGAGGAGUGGUAGCAGUGUAGUAAUGGUGGGGAGGUAAAGCCUGGCAACUUGACUAACAUUAAACAUGACAUAAAUUUUUUAUUUUCAAAGUAUUGGGAUAUACCUCUGAUGUGCUGAAUAUCAACUUUUGGAUUGAAACAAUUUUUAAAGCAUAAUGUUUUUUCUGGUGUCAAGAGUGUUGAGAAUAAUUACAAAAUAAGAAAUUACAAAGUUUAGUUGGAGUGUAUUCGAUGUAACUUCGAGUAUUUGGGUGUCUGAAAGAUUGACAAGAGAUUUUGUGGACAAGAGUAGUUGCUAAGGGGUUGUCAUUGUGUUUUAGAACUAAUAAAAGUUUACUGAGAAAGGACAGUAGUUUAUCUUCUAGAAAAAGUAAAAACCCGAACAAAGAGUCCCAGCAAAAUAUAAAUAUUGUCCCAACAAUAACAAAACACAGAUUCAAAAUUACACGAUUUAAAAAUCACUCAUUCAUUUUCAUCUAUAACCUCAUAACUUUCCAAAGUAUUUUGUUUUAAUAAAUUUUUUUUAAUAAUGAAGAGUAACUUUUUGAUCCUUAAUAUUUAUUUGUCAUUGUAAUGCCAAUCUGAAAUUUUGGUCUUCCCAUCCGGUAAGCCUAUCUUAAGACCAGGUUUUGCCUCAUUAUCCUAUGAGGGCCUUAUAAAAGUCAUCUGAUAUUUAUUGGGAUCAACCAAAAAUAUGUUUAGCUGGUUCAAUCAUCAUGACCCUCUAACUGUA